AUGUUCAAAGAUGAAAAUGAAGACGAAGAGAACACUUUCGGCGUCACGCGUUACCCGUGUAUGCCGUCGUUGGUGGCGUUGCAGCAGAUGAAAAACAGGCUCCAUCUGGCGAAUCUCGGCAAGAAACUGAUGAAAUGGACAGCAUUGGCUACUGGCAGUGAGUUGAGGCAUUUCACCACACAACUUGAAAGCGUUUAUCGGAGUUUUAGUGAAGACAUGCGAAACGCUUAUAUGUUAUUGGCUAGAUGUCGCUACUUUUAUCCUAAUCUAAACAAAAUGGUCACUGAAGGAGUUCCUACCACGGCGUAUAUUUCUUUGUUUAGUACAACAAAAAUCGCGCCCGGUGUGAAAAUAAAAAAAUAUGAAAUUGUUAAAGACGACAAACAUCCAUAUGAACACCUCGGUUUAGAAAAGGGCGGUCAAGCUAUUCAGGAAGCGAAACAGGCAUGGACGGAGCUGCUGAAACGAAUGAUAUUAAUGGUGGAGCUGCGUACCAACUUUAAGCUGGUCGAAGAAGUGUAUAAAGCGGCGAACAAGAAAGCGAACGUGUUAGGAAAGCUGGUGGUACCAAAAAUUAAAGUUACUUGCGCGUAUAUUAUUAAUGCGCUGGAAGAGCUAGCCAGAGAUGAAUUUUACAGACGAAAGAUUAUUCUAGAUGUAAAGAGAAGGAGAACGAAAAAAGAAAAUACUGUUAAACAUGUACCUAAAGAAGAUGAAUAUUGCGCUGUUUGCGGAGAAGUAUUAGAUAAGGACUUUUUAAAUGAAAUAGAGCUCAUUCGUUCGUCAACACAUCAUGAUAAAAUUAAAAAAAAUAGGCAGCUGGCGGAUUUAAAAGAACACAUUAGCGAAAUUUUAGGAGUAAUUAAUAGCGUAGAUAAAAACUCCUUUCAGGUGCCAAAUAUAAAGGAAUUCUUGAAUUUAGCUCAAGAAUUGCAAAAUAAAUUAGAUGAAAGAUUAAAUUCAGAACCAGUCUCGUCUCAAUCAGAUCGUAAGAUGUGUGAAAAUUGUUUAAGUAAACUAGCAAAUGAGCAAGAUAAAAAAAAUAUACAAGAAGAAAUUUUGAACUCUGAAAUAAUUGAAAAUGUACACGAAUCGAGAUCAAUAUUAACUUUAGAAGAUUCAACAGAAAAAAUAUUUAAAAAAUUAGAACCAUGUUGUAAAAAACGACAAUCGAUUGAUAUUAUGGAGACAGAUUUAAGAUUGGGUGCAUUUGAGAUUGAUGUUAAAGAAAUAACUAAAAUAUUUAGAAGUAAAAAUAAAGAUGGAACUAUAAGAGAAGAGAAAAGAACUAUUAAAAUUAAGAAAGAAAUUAGGGAUUCAACAACUCAGGAUUUAAUUCCACUCUCUUCUUCUAAUAACUCAGUCAACUCAAAAGACAUCGAAAAUUUUAAUAUUACAUAUGACGACUUACCUGGCCCGUCAUCAAAAAUAUCACAAUCUCACAAUAAAAAUAGUGGUAUUCUUAACGAUUAG